AUGGCCAUCGCCAGGCCGGACGUACGCAUAUGUCUCGGGAGACAUCAUCGCAUUCUCUUCAUCGUAGUCAUUCGUCUGCUUCACUCAAUGACUUUAUGGUGCCACUCUCCAAACCAGCAUCGGCUCCACCGCUACCACAAUCUUCACAACCCCAACAGCAGCAGCAGCAACAACAACAACAACAACAACAGCAAAUUGUCGAUUUGGCUGAUGAGAGUGUUUUGUUUGACCCAAGGGCAAUUGAUGAUUUUAUCAAGGUGCACCGAGCACAGAUAAGAGAAGUCACGGAAUGUUCAAAGCGAGAAACCAAAUUGUUGGCCAAUUUCUCGUUGGGAAUGUCUAGUCGCAAAGAGAUGGACGAUAGUGGAUCAAGGAACUCGUUGAUGGAUGACCUCAAGACAUCGAGCGAAUUCAUCGACUACCUUGAUAAUCUUGAUGAGGUUCUUGAGAUGAAGAUGGCUGCCAUUGAAGCUUUACGUGAUCGUAUUCGUAGUGUACUCGGGGAAGAAGAACUUUAAAAAAAUAUUAUUCUCCUCCUUAUUUUUCUUUUUACUUCUUUACAUAGCUCUAUACCAACCAUUAACAUAUCUUUUCUCUAUUACUUAAGAAACCUGCAUACCCUUUGUCUCCUAUUUAUCUAUGUCUUUCUUUAAUUUUUUUGCUAUUUGUAAAAAAGAAAAAAAAAAAAGAAGAAAAAAAUCGAUGGCUAAAAAAAAUUUGUGUUAUUUACAUAU